GCUUGCUCAAGCUGUACGUAGAAUAAUCAAGACGAGUAUGAAUUCUAGCUUCUUUUUAUAUCUGCUAUGCUUUUAAGUAACGAGCAAUACUUGGCUCAAUUAGCAGAGCAUUUACGGCAGUUGCAAGGCAAAGGGGCUAGCUCCUUGUAUUUGUCUCAAAAGAAAAACCCAGUUUUUGAUGAUGAACAAAACGCGAAACCGUCAGUUUUACUAAGAGCCAAAAAUGGAGCAAACUGGAAAAUAUCGACAGUUGUAAAUGCUGAGAACUUCACGGAUUUCUUUGGAAAAUAUGCUGAGGUCUGCAAAGGCGGAAUGAUUGGGCUGAAGAAACGUGACCGAAAGAAAAACAAGAAGAAAAAGAAAGCACCUUCAGCAUCUACUGCAUAAAGUUAGGAUAGGGUAUUCUCAACGAACCUGAUAAUUUUCUUACUUCCUUUAUUUUAUUGCAUACCUGGUCUAUCGAUAACGUUGACUGUUAUUUAUUAAAUAUAAUUGUCAUGAAAAGCCCUAACAGUAAUAAGUUUCAUAUGGUGGCCAGUGGAUAUUGUUUUGUUUUGUAUCUAUCUAUAUUUUUCCAUUUGCUAUUAUUCAUCUGGUUUUGACCAAGAAUAAUCCAGUUCCUUUAAUGUUGGCGUGUAAAGAAAUGGGAUGCAACGCGAUAUCAUAUAUCCUCCUAUCUCUCAGUUGUAAGUUGGCAGUUCAUCUUAUUUUUACUUACUUGGUAUCAAGAAGCGUGUCUACCUUAGGUUGGAAACGUUUACUUCCAAUCCCAUUAUGUGGGCACGAACUUCCUGCAAGUAGUGGAUUUCUUCUACACAGGAGUAUUACUCGCAAAAUCAAAAUCCAUCAUGAUGCUCGUAUACAGAUUGUUUACCUUUACAAUAGCUUUCUUUAUUCACAAGAAUUCAUCUAGCUUUCUUUUCCUUUAGUGAGCUUCAGAGUAUUUCGUUAAUCAUUGCAAAACGUAACACCCAUACGCAUGUAGAUCACGCAGAUCCUCCACAUAAUUCCUUUUCGUAACGAAA